UUUACUUACCACUCCGUCUCGAUUAUGUGCUCAGAAAUAACACUUUAAACCUCUGCUUGAUACAGUCUAUGCUUGAUACUCAUACUGCCUGCGUUAUCUGACAGUGACAAAACAAUCCGACCCCCAUGCACAGCGCCGACCCUUUCACCGGCCAAGAGUAUCUGGGGAACAGUCUUGGAUGGAACACGUGGUGACCUAUAUCAGGAUAGAGGCUUCUGCUGUCUUCUGCUACGGAACGAGGAGGAUGGUCUUUGUCCUACAUGUGAUUGUCAUGUCUUCGGCGUUUUUCAAUCCCAGUUUUGCCUUCAGCUCCCACUUCGAUACAGAUGGGGCUCCGCUGAGCGAGCUGUCGUGGCCUUCAUCUCUGGCCGUUGUAGCUGUCUCCUUCUCUGGCCUCUUCACCUUCGUCUUCCUCAUGCUGGCCUGCCUCUGCUGCAAGAAGGGCGACAUUGGCUUCAAGGAGUUUGAAAACACUGAGGGAGAGGAGUACCAGGCAGAUCUCUCCCUGGCUUCGCCUUCCUCCCAGAAUGGCCCCGAGGUCUACAUCCUUCCCCUCACCGAGGUCUCCCUGCCUGUCUCCAAACAGCCUGGCAGAUCCAUCCAGCUGCUGAAAUCAUCAGACCUCGGCCGCCAUAGUCUACUCUAUCUAAAGGAGAUUGGACAUGGCUGGUUUGGCAAGGUUCUGUUAGGUGAGGUCAAUGCGGGCCUUAGCACCACCCAGGUGGUGGUGAAGGAGCUGAAGGCCAGUGCCAGCGUCCAGGAUCAGAUGCAGUUCCUGGAGGAGGUGCAGCCAUACCGAACCCUGCAGCACUCGGCCCUCCUGCAGUGCCUGGCUCAGUGCUCGGAGGUCACUCCUUAUCUGCUGGUCAUGGAGUUCUGCGUUCUGGGUGAUCUGAAGAGCUACCUUCGCAGUUGUCGGGUGGCUGACUCUGAGACUCCUGACCCUUUGAUCCUCCAGCGACUGGCAUGUGACAUUGCCUCGGGGCUACUGCAACUCCACAAAUACAACUUCAUACACAGGUGCAGUUUGCCAGUCACUCCAGCUCUAUUUACCUCCAUCGCCCUGUAUGUUUCUGCUCAAGAAAGAAAACUGAAUGCACUGUGUGCCCCCUGCUGGCCUCUCCCUGCAACAACAUCCUG